AUGCCAAACUUCUAUUCUCUACUCUUUGUAAUCUUUGCUAACACAUUCUGUCAAGGAUACUCAAGAAAUUUACCAACAGCCAUUAAUGGUAUCACCAUUAAUGUAAGGAGUUUUCGGGUUCGGGCUGAUGGUAGAACAGAUGAUACCCAAGCUUUCAAUGCAGCUUGGGAAAGAGCUUGUAACUCUCAAGGCAAUGUUACUUUUCUGAUACCUAAAGGAAUUUACCUUGUGGGCCCUCUUAGGUUUAGAGGUCCUUGUCAAAAAGUAUCAUCUCUUACAAUUCUUAUCAAGGGUUAUAUGAAGGCGAAACCGGAGCUAUCCGAAUACGAAUUUGGAUCCGGGUGGGUUGAGUUUGCAUGGAUUAAUGGGCUGAUCUUGAAAGGUGGUGGGGUUUUUGAUGGGCAAGGUGCCAAAUCUUGGCCUUACAAUAACUGCCCUACAAAUUCUAAUUGUGAUCUCCUACCUACUAAUUUGAAGUUUGUGGGGAUGAACAGAACAGUUAUUGAUCAAAUUACUUCAUUAAACAGCAAGUUUUUUCAUAUAGCUCUUGUAGAGUGCAGAGAUUUCAAUGGCAGUAGACUUUAUAUUUCAGCACCGGAAAACAGUCCUAACACGGAUGGAAUCCACAUCGAACGAAGCUCUAUCGUUCGUUUAUCUAGUUCAAACAUCGGCUCUGGGGAUGAUUGUAUCUCUAUAGGCCAAGGAAAUUCCCAAAUAACUGUCACAAACAUCACUUGUGGACCAGGUCAUGGUAUAAGUGUUGGAAGCUUGGGAAAAUACCCAAAUGAGCAAGAUAUAAAUGGACUUUUUGUUAAAAACUGCACUAUGAAUGGAACUACAAAUGGGAUUAGGAUCAAAACAUGGGCUGAUUCACCUGGUGCAAGUAUGGCUACUAACAUGAAUUUCGAGAACAUUGUGAUGAAACACGUUCGAAACCCAAUAAUUAUCGAUCAAGCUUAUUGUCCUUUCGACUCUUGUUCAUCCGAGGUGGCAUCAAGGGUGAAACUUAGCAACAUCUAUUUCAAGGAUAUCAGGGGGACUACACCAUCUGAAGUUGCAGUUACACUUUCUUGCAGUAAGAAGAUUCCAUGCAAGAACAUUUUUCUACAAAAUGUUCAUUUGAAUUUGACAUCCGGUGAAAGGCUACCAAUUUCAACGUGCGAAAAUGUAAAAGCUAGAUACAUUGGUAUUCAGAUGCCUCCUCCAUGUUCAUGAUAAUUUAACAGAGGGAAUUUGAUUGUAUCAGUUUUGUGCUGAUAUUUGUAGGAUAGUAGAAGUAUGUUAUGUGAAAUGGGUGAGCACUUUGAUGUGCUCUCCUUUGGUUGAGUUGAUUUUUGUAAUUUUGGAC